UCAGACGCAGCCAUUUCCCGCCAAGGGGUCGGUUUCGAGCAAUCAAGAUGAGUAACCGCUCCUAAAAUAGCUUUGCGACCAGGGCUAGCCCAGCUGCUGGAAAAUCUGGAGAUGGACAAGAGUUCAAUGAGACAGGAGAAACAAGGCCAAUGCGGGCGUCGAUGCGUGUUAGUGACAUGGAUUUUGUUUUAGCGCUCUUGCCUGCUGGGAGAGGCGCUGGAGAGACGCUGGAGAGGUGCGUUUUAGUGGCCUCAAACAUGGACGUUUUAGCAAUUGAAGCCCCAUGGAAGCGGCACAGUAUCACCGUGGAUGGCUUCAAUAUGAAGCUCUGUGAUAAGCUCCUAGUUACCUAUCAAGAGCUUCGGGAGUGCUCUGUCUGGUACCAUACAAACAAAUUCGGCUUCCCUGAUACCCCCUUUCAUCCAUCCACGUCUUUGGAGUCUGGCCAUGGCCAAUGUAACCCUAUUGUUUCCAAGACUCGCAAUCUGUUGCCUCUUGGCAAUCCGCACUGACUAACGAGAGCCGAGGCUCUAUAAACGAAAGAAACAGCCUUGCCCGUAUGUGAUUCACAAAGUAUAGUAGUCAUCAAUUUAAAUAAGCAAUCAGGUCCACUUCAACUAUAUCAAAGUCAAUAGUUUGCGAAUAUACAAAGGUUCAUGUCAUCACUAAAAAGAG